GCCACGUAGUCCGGAAGAGGCGCCGCGUCGCGCAUGCCCCUUCCUUUCCAGCCUCGGCCUCGGACCCUGAAGCCGCCGUGAUGUUGAUGCCCAAGAAAAACCGGAUUGCCAUUUAUGAACUCCUUUUUAAGGAGGGGGUUAUGGUGGCCAAGAAGGAUGUCCACAUGCCCAAGCACCCAGAACUGGCAGACAAGAAUGUGCCCAACCUUCAUGUCAUGAAGGCCAUGCAGUCUCUCAAGUCUCGGGGCUACGUGAAGGAACAGUUUGCCUGGAGGCAUUUUUAUUGGUACCUGACCAACGAGGGUAUCCAGUAUCUCCGUGAUUACCUCCACCUGCCCCCUGAGAUUGUGCCUGCUACCUUGCGCCGCAGCCGACCUGAGACUGGAAGACCUCGGCCAAAAGGUCUGGAGGGCGAGCGGCCUGCAAGACUCACAAGAGGUGAAGCUGACAGAGACACCUACAGACGGAGUGCUGUGCCCCCUGGUGCUGACAAGAAAGCUGAGGCUGGGGCUGGGUCUGCAACUGAAUUCCAGUUUAGAGGGGGCUUUGGUCGUGGACGUGGUCAGCCACCCCAGUAAAGAUGGAGAUUGUUUUGUGUUGAAUAAACUUGUAGCCAGAAAAAAA